UAAUAUUGACAAAAAUCUGCUUGUUAUAAAACCCAUUCCAAAAGCUGCUUUGUUUGAGUGAAGAUCAAGAGAAGUCAAGAUGGCGGCGUUUCUGGUCUUGGUUGCUGCAAUUCUUGUUCAGUUGGUCUUUUCUUUGGAUGACAUAACGGGAUGUGGAAAUAAACCCGCCGAUAUAGAGUUCGUGUUAGAUUCAAGCGGAAGUAUCUUGUUUAAAGACUUCCGGAAGCAGCUCCAGUUCACGGAGAACUUGGUGGAUCUGUUUGACAUCGGCAGCAAUAAAACCCGUGUAGGAAUGGUCAGCUUCAGUACAGAUGUUAUCCCAGAGUUCAGGAUGGAUGAGAAUGACAACAAAGAAGACAUCAAGAAAAAGAUAGCAGGAGUUAAAUACCAAGGGGGAAGAACCAACACGGGGGAUGCCCUUCACUACGUCAGAACCAGGACAUUUCCGGUGGGAGGCGGCCGGCGACCCAACGUGCCCCACAUCACCAUCGUGCUGACAGACGGGAUGUCCCAGAAUUCGUCGUACACUGAGCAAGAGGCAGCGGCUGUGCACGGGCAGGGGAUCACGGUAUUUGUGAUCGGGAUCGGCAAUCAGGUAGACGAAAAAGAACUUGCGGCUAUAGCAAGUACUCCAACAGACAAUUUUAUGUUCAAGAUAGACAACUUUGACGCACUUCAGUCCAUCAAAGAUCGACUGGCUGUCAGAACAUGCAAAGUUCCCCCUGCUACACCCGCCCCACCCACCCCUCCCACCGUCAACGAGGACGCGGUGUUGUAUGGGAACGCUCACUGCGGCCCAAAGAUACCAGUGGACUUAAAGAUAGUGUUCGACACUUCUGCGAUUGGUCUCGACAACUCCAAGUUCAUCAUGCGAUUUAUCGCCGAUGUGUCGGACCGCCUGGACCUGCAGCAGAGCCAGUCGGAGGUCGGUACGGUGACUAACGACUGUGCCACCAAGAGUCUGGCUGACGUGUCGUUCGGUUCCGGCCAUGACCGGGAAAACCUGGAGCAGUCAUUGGUCGGAACCUCUCCCAGUUUCUCUUGGAUGAUGCGGAAGCUGCGCCUCAGCUUUGACCAACAGGAGCAGCGUAAGAAGGUGGCUGUCGUAUUUCUGGGGGAGACACUGGACGGGGCCGAGUUCCGGAAGGUCCUGCGGGAGACCGGCCGCGCGAAGUUUAUGGGAAUCCAGAUACUGGUGGUGGGGGUGGGGACACGGGUCAACUCCCGCCAGGCCAGCUUUCUGGCGACCCAGGCCAAUCAAGUGUUCUUUGCUAUGUCGUAUGAUAUCUUAGAUGAGUUAGAAGGACCUUUGUUGUUACAGAUAUGUACACUAAAUUAAACAUUGGAA